AUGCCGUGUUCCAUCGAUGUGCAGGAUGACUUUGGUCCCGCCGUGGCCGCCGCUGACUGCAACGAUGGCUUCGACUUCACUCUCCUCUUCGAGCAGCUCUGCCUGUCCAUCCUCCCGGCCGCCGUCUUCGCCGUCCUCGGUCCCGCUCGACUCUGGCAGCUGCUUCGUCGCCCUCCCAUCUGUCGGCCUGCUUCCUUGUGCCGCUUCAAGCUUGUCGGUGCCUCUCCGUCCUCUGCUCCUGCUCGCUCCCCGUCAGACUCCUACUCGCUCCCCGCAACCCAUGCCGCCUUCCUCGCCGUCCAGUUGGCUCACCUCGUUCUCCUGCUCGUGCCCGGUGCCGUGCCCCGGACGCGAGCCUCCAUCCCGGCCGAGGCCCUCGUCUUGUGCGUCGCUCUGCUCUGCGUCGCACUCUCGCGCGUGGAGCACGUACGGAGCGUCCGUCCGUCGACGCUGCUGUUGCUGUAUCUCGGCUUGGCCUUUUUUUUCGACCUCGUCCGCGCCCGCACCUUCUGGGCCGUCGAUGGCUACCGGGUCCUGGCCACCGUCUUUUCCGUUGGUUUGGCUUUCAAGCUCGCCGCUUUCGUCGCCGAGUGCCUCGAGAAGCAGCCUGGGGAAGAGUCGUCCGCGCUGUACCGUGGCCGAUCUCGCGAAACGGCAGGCAACGUCUUCGCCCGCGGUCUCUUCUGCUGGCUCAACCCCCUCCUCUGGCAGGGCUUCCGCACCGUCCUCCAUGUUCCCGGCCUUCUCGGCAUCGACCCGGAACUGGGCACGCCGGACCGGCACCGCCGGGUCUGGGCUCGAUGGCAGCGUUCGCCGCUCCAAACGGCCGGCGCCUUGGUCAAGCUCGUCAUCUCGGCGCACAGGCAGAGCAUCUUGCAGGGCGUGCUGCCACGACUGGCGCUGUCGGGAUUCACGUUUGCGCAGCCGUUCCUGAUCACGCGCAUCAUCCACUUCGCCACCGCGCCCGGGGGACCCGAUGGCAAGCUCGAUGUGCAAGUGGGCAACGGCCUCGUCGUGGCAACGGCCAUCAUCUACGUCGGCUUGGCCGUCGCCAACGCCAACGCCCAGCACAAGACGUACCGCGUCAUCACGCGGCUCCGGGGAAGCUUCAUCUCGCUCCUCUACCGCAAGACUCUCCGUGUUUCCAUGCCAACGGCCCAAGAAUCGUCAGCCGUCACGCUCAUGAGCGCCGACAUUGAGCGGACCGGGUCGGGCCUUCGGUUCAUGCAUGAAGUCUGGGCGAGCCCCGUAGACCUCGCCUUGGGAUUCUACCUACUCCAGCGAGAGCUGGGUCCAGCAGCCGCCGCUCCCGGGGUCCUCUUUCUACUCUGCAGCGCCGCGGGUCUGCGAGUCGCCGCCAGCAUGGGUCGGCGCCAGCGGCUGUGGCUCGAGUCCAUCCAGCACAGGAUCAAAGUCACGUCCGAUUCGCUCUCCGCCAUGAAGGAGGUCCGCAUGGGAGGUCUCCAGGCCCGCGUCGAAUCCCAGCUGGAAGGGUUGCGCAGGAAGGAGAUUGACGCGUCGCGGCCCUUUAAAAACGCUCUCGCGCUGAUCGUCUGCCUGUCGUACACGACGGCAGCCAUGGGACCCGUCUUUUCCUUUGGCAUAUACUCGCUGCUGGCCAAGAAGAACAACACGAGGCCCCUCACGGCCGACACGGGAUUCACCGCCCUCGCCGUCUUUUCUCUGCUGCGCACGCCCAUGGCCAUGAUUCUCGACUCCGUCGCGGGUCUUGUUGGAUCCUUGGGCGCCAUGCGACGCAUCGGCGAAUACAUGGCGACCGACAACCAUCUUCCGCCACGCCACGACGAUCGUCCAUCGUCGGUUCGUCUGCCCCACGAGGUGCAGAUGCCGGAGAAGUUUGUGCUUCCGCUUCUCGAAUGGCAAACUCGAGCGACGCUUCCGAUGCCGUCGCCGAGCCCCAGCAUUGUCACGGCGACACAAUACAGCGCCGGAUGGGACCAGGACCGCGGAUACGUGCUGCAGGAUCUCACAUUCUCCGUUCCCCGCGGCUCGUUGACCUUUGUGGUUGGACCCGUGGGCUGCGGAAAGUCGACCCUGCUCUGCUCCAUGCUCGGGGAGACUGUGGUGAGCAAGGGAGACCUGCGCGUCGCCUUUGACCGCGCGGCAUACGUUGGCCAGUCGCCGUGGCUCACAAACGACACCAUACAGAACAACAUCAUCGGCACCGGCGCGUUGAACAAAGGCUGGUACGAUCAAGUGGUCGACGCAUGCGCACUGCGGCACGAUAUCGAUGGCAUGCCGCGUCACGACCAGGAGAUGGUCGACAGCGGCGGCUCAAACUUGAGCGGAGGCCAGCAGGCCCGUUUAGGCCUUGCUCGCGCCGUCUAUUCUCGACAUCAAGUCGUUCUCCUGGACGAUGUCAUGAGCGGGCUCGACACUCGGACGGAAGAAGCAGUGUUUCGAAAUCUCCUAGGACCGGACGGCCUCCUACGUGGAGGCAAAACGACGACGGUAUUUGCGACCAACGCGGUGCAUCGCCUGUCGGCCGGAGAUCACAUCGUCGUCCUAUCCACCAGCGGGAACAUCGUGGAGCAGGGGCCUUACGACGAGCUCUGGACAAUUACAAAGCACGACCAGGCCGAUCGCAAGGACCACGCGCUGGCGGACGAGUUCGCACGACAACGGCACACCGCAGCGCGGCGGGACGCCCGGCAAGUUUCGGAUUCCCCGGCGACGGGCACGCAGCGGCGGACGGGCGACCUCACCGUCUACAUGUACUAUGCCCGUGCCGUGGGCUCGUGGAACUUUGGCCUGUUCAUCGGCUGCGGCGCACUCUUCGUCUUUGCCCUUCUCUUCCCGCAGUAUCUGAUGCGCUGGUGGGCGGAGGAGAACGAACGGCAGGCUCACGGCAAGCUCGGACGCUAUCUCGGAGCCUACUUUGGCCUCGCUUGCCUUGCGCUCCUCGGCCUUGGCGCGGGCUGUCUCCAGCUCGUGGUGAGGAUGAUGCCGCGCGCAUCGGCAACGUUCCACACGACGCUGCUGCGGACGACGAUGGACGCACCGCUGUCCCUCUUUUCCGGCAGCGCCGUGGGCGAUACGAUCAAUCGCUUCAGCCAAGACCUGCAGCUGAUCGACAUGGAGCUGCCGCUGGCCCUGUUCAACACGUCGAUCGAGCUCCUCUCCAGCAUUGGCAAUCUGGCCGUCAUUGCCAUCGCGGCCAGAUACAUUGGCGCCGCGCUGCCGGCGGUGCUGAUCACCUUCUUUGUCGUGCAGGUGUUUUACCUGCGAACGGCGCGGCAGCUGCGGCUGCUCGACAUCGAGGCCAAGGCUCCGCUCAUCUCGCACUUUCUCGAGACGCUGUCCGGGCUGGCGGCCAUCCGAGCGUACGGCGCCGAGGAAGACUACGAGCGGAGGUGCAUGGAACGGCUGGACCAUUCGCAGAAGCCGAGCUACCUGCUGUACUGCGUGCAGCGGUGGCUGAACCUCGUGCUGGACCUCAUCGUCGCGGGCAUCGCCGUCGUCUUCGUCACGAUCGCGGUGAAGACGAGGGGGCGCAUCGAGCCGGGUCUCGUCGGGACGGCGCUCGUGGGCAUCGUCAACUUUAGCGUCAGCAUCAAGGCGCUGCUGGAGAACUGGACGAACCUCGAGACAUGCGUGGGCGCCGUGUCCCGGGUCCGUUCGUUUGCGGCGGAAAGCAAGUCGGAGCACAGGGCGGGCGAGAUUCAGGUGCCGCCUGAGAGCUGGCCCGUCCACGGUCGAAUCGUCUACGACGACGUGACGGCCACGUGGGAGGAGAAGGGCGAUCAGCCGGUGGUCAAGGACAUCUCGUUGGUGAUCGAGCCGGGGCAGAAGCUGGCCAUCUGCGGCCGAACGGGCAGCGGCAAAUCCUCCCUCAUCGCGACUCUGUUCCGCCUGCUCGAGCCGCAAGCCGGCACCAUGUCGGUCGACGGCGUCAAUCUCGGCAGCCUGCCACGACAGGAGGUACGGCAGCGGCUCAUCUGCGUCCCUCAAGCACCCUUUCUGCUCAGCGGAACGGUGCGGGGGAACGUGGAUCCGUUUGGGGUCGCCUCGGACGAGGAAAUCACAAAGGCCCUCGGCCAGGUCCGCAUGCUCGAGGCGGUCAACGACUUGGGCGGGCUCGACGGGCUCCUCGACGGCGACGGACUGUCGGUUGGACAGCGGCAGCUGCUCUGUCUCGCGCGGGCGACGCUCCGACGAGGGUCGAUCCUCGUUCUCGACGAGGCCACGGCUUCGUUGGACUGGGAUACGGAAACAAUCGUGCGGGAGGUGAUUCAGACCGUGUUUCGGACGCAUACCGUCAUCACGAUUGCCCACCGAAUCUGGAGCAUUCUCGACUACGACCGCGUGGCGGUGAUUUCGCACGGCCGCGUGGCCGAGUACGGCUCGCCAAGGAUGCUCCUGGAGGAUCCUACCUCGAUGUUCUCGCAGCUGCAUCGCGCAAGCGCUGGCCACCCAAGGACGAAUGAGGAGGAUGACGAUGAGGCGGCAUGA